UAGGACCACUUCAUAAGUUGAGCAGUUAAAUAUGUAGGUUAUCUGUCAAGCACGUGAUAAGAGAGAGAAAGAAAAUUUGGUCCCACCACAUCAAAAGAGCCGACGGUUUCUGUCGCUACUCGGCGGUCUACGUACUCUGGUUUUACAUUUUGUUUUUCGUUCUGCAGAGGUGCAAAGUUUUCCAUGGUUUUCCUGAUUUUUUUUCUCAUUGUGUUUUUUUUCCUGGUUGUGUUUCAAGAGUGUUUUGUGACCAUUGCCAGCUUUUAAUUGUUAAAUAUUAAGAGAAUCUAGAAUAUGUCUCCACCAAGAAGUAAAAUUUGGCAAAGUUUUACCAAAUUAGAUAGUGUUACUGCUGCGUGUAAAAUAUGCUUUAAGCAUAUAAAAACAAGUGGCAAUACUUCUAAUUUAGCCAAACAUUUAAAACAACAUCGUGGUAGCAGUAACGCUAGUUCAAGUUCAAUAAUUAUUGAUAGUGAGAGUGAAACAGGACUGUCAGAGUCUGAUGUAAUAGCUGGUCCUAGCAGUACUCCCGGUAGUCCCAGUAGCUCUAAGCGCUUAAGGUCAUCUUUAUCUACGUGGGUAACAACUUCAAUUUCGAGUGCUGUUGACCAUCCCCUUGGAGAUUCUGGAACGGGUGAACUAACCACUCAAAUGGAUAAGGAUAAUACGGCGAACAAAAAUAUUGGCUCUUCAAAAACACCUGAUCCUACUCUUCAUUCAUUUACACCUAGCAUUAAAGAUGCCUUAAAGAAAAUUACAUCAUAUAAAGAGGGAGGGACAAAGCAUGCUGCCAUUACACAGUGUAUCCUCUACUUUAUUUGUAAAGACAGCAGGCCUUUUAAUUCAGUAACUGGUGCAGGGUUUAGGAAACUAAUGCAUGAAUUAUGUCCCUCAUAUAAAAUUCCUCAUCCUGACACAUUCAAAGCGAAAUUAGCUAUAAAAUAUGAUAUCAUGAAAUCUAUAUAUGAGGAACGCCUGAGUAAAAUUACAUAUAUUUGUCUCACGUUUGACAUGUGGACUGAAACAAUGCAAACCAAAAGUUUUCUUGGUGUCACAGCACACUUUUUAACAGGAGUAAAAUUGUCAUCUGUCACUCUAGCCACUAGACAAUUAUUUGAACGGCACACGAGUGACAACAUUAGUGAACAAUUAGAGGAUAUUUUAAACUAUUGGAAAAUUAACAAACAACAGAUUGUUGGUGUAGUAACAGACAAUGGCGCAAAUGUAGUAAGUGCUGUUGCAAAAACAUUUGGACGAAACAAACACAUGCCUUGCUUUGCCCAUACAGUAAAUUUAAUAGCUGAGGUAAUAACUAAAGAUACCUUAAUUUUGCCAAUUUUGGGUAAAGUGAGAGACAUUGUCAAGUGGGCUAAGAGAAGUGUGACAGUUAGUGAUAAAUUAAGGAAGAUACAACUUGACAAUGAAGCCUCCGAAGGAACAACAAAAAAACUGAUUCUUGACGUACAUACGAGAUGGAAUUCAACAUUUUAUAUGCUGAAAAGAUUUUCGGAACUAGCUACAACUGUCAAUCAAAUUAUUAUAAAUGACAUAACAGCUCCGCCAAUGUUAACAGCCACGGAGUUAGAUUUGGCUAGACAAAUUCAAAUUGUAUUAGAACCCUUGGAAUUUGUCACUAGAGAGGCUUCAGGGGAAUUCUACAUAACAAUAUCGAAAAUAAUACCUAUGGUGAACUGUUUAAAAAACCAGUUAAGAAAGAUGACUACAGAGUUGGAUAUUGUGAAUACACUUAAUACACUUAAAUCAAAAUUGAUUGAUGAAAUAAAUAAAAGAUUUGGUAAGAUGGAGUACAAUUAUUUUUUAUCAGUGUCAUGUAUACUCGAUCCAAGAUUUAAAAGAAUACACUUUGAAGACCCGCUUGGUUGUUCCAAAACAAUUGAGUACAUUAGAAAAACAAUUGCUAGCCAACAAACCUUCAGUGAGUCAGAUAGAUCUGAUUCAUCAAAACAAGGAUCACCCAAUAUGCAAGAUCAAGAAAAAUAUGAUUUUUGGGAUUACCACAAAACACUGGCACAUGCCCAAAAUCAAAAAAGUCAGCAGACUUCUUCAAAAAUAAAUGAUGAGCUGACAGUUUAUUUAUCUAAUCCUGUAAUGCCCCUUAAUUCAGAUCCAAUGUCCUACUGGGAGGAAGUGAAAAAUGUCUUUCCUGGUCUCUACAACAUUGCCGUUUCACAUUUUUGUAUUGUUGGAACAUCAGUACCAUCUGAAAGGCUUUUUUCUAAAGCUGGUGGUACGGUCACGCAAGACAGAAAUCGUCUGUCUAGUAAUCUGUUAGAAAAACUGUUAUUUCUAGCAGAUUGCAGUGAAGAUGAAUGGUUCCUUUAAUAAAUCAAUAAAUAUAAAUGUUAA